GUCUAUACUUCCAUACGUUUCAGGUGCAACUGAGAAUGCCUUUCCUAAGAAGAUCUGAAAGAGUGGCCUGCCUCUGACAAAAAAUUUCAUGAUAGUUAAGCUCGCAGCCUCUGAGAAGACCCUCCAGCCAUAUCGUGUUCCCUCACGGGAUGUCCACGCAACACUUUGCAGGAGCCCUGGUCAGAAUAGAUGCUAAUACGUUGCUGUUGCUGUGGAUCUUCGGUCAGGCAAUGACGUCAAACAUCACCGUCAACGCAGCCAACGCAGUCAAUGCAACCAUGAACAAUGAUGGUUACCGUGACAAUGCCAUUGUCAAGUUCCUGAUGGAUCGCAUACUUCUGUUGUCACUGGCUGUCCUACUCAUCGGAGUCUGUGUUACCAUGGCGACCGCCUUGUGUGUUGGUGCAAGAGGGAGGAAGAAGAUCACAGAGGAAGAAUGCUCCUCCAAGUCUGAUGGGGGUGGAGGUACUGUCAGGUUUGACCAGUAUGAGUUUGAAGAUGACCGCAACUUCACAACACACAUUGCCAGUGUGUCGGGAAAACAAAUACAUACCAACAGUGAAUAUGAGGCUACGCCUGAAAACCAGAGCUGUAGACCCGGAUAUGACGUGUAUGAAAACGACCCGUUGGGCAGAAACUGUCUCUCUGCGAAUAGCAGCAUCGGAAGUAGCAAUUGGUACGAAAACAGCUCCUCUGUUGGAGGGGACCGUCAGUAUAUGAACUUGUCUCGUGCGGAGACGUGUAACGAUGGAAUCUAUUCAAUUGUACCUCAACAAUAUGGAAAGCGUUAAUUCAUGUCUAGUAGAGCUAUGGAUGACUUUAUUUUUUAUCGUUGUUAUCGUUUGUUAACAUUUGUCAAUACAUGCAAUCAUUUCGGUCUUAUGAGAUCCAAUACUGGACAAUGUACAUAUCGUGGCUAACGCUAUUGAAGAUAUAUUUCGGAUUCUUUUAUAAUGAAUGAUAAAUUAAGGGUAAACAUAAAUUCAAAUAUUCUGCCACAUUAUUUGUGUCACAAUGUGGCAUUUGAUAACAAUAUAGUUACCUUUUUCGAGUAAAUAUUAUGACAUCGUUA